UAGCAGUCAAGGUUGAUGACUGUGUCAGUUCCAUAGUCAAUGAAACCAUGAAGCAAGCAAGCUUGAAAAGUCUAACUACUCAACUGUCCAUCCCAUCUUUUAUCAUUUUGGAAAGCAGCAUUUCCUUCCAAGAAACCAUCUCUCUCACUGCUGCUGAGCAUCUCAACAAAGGAAAUGCCAAAAACCAUGGCUCCAAACUCCAUGAACAUCUCAGCAGCAGCAGACAAGGCAAAAGGCGACACUGAUUCCCCUGCUCCACAGCAGCUUGACGCUGGAGCUUUGUUUGUCCUGCAAUCCAAAGGAUCAUGGUGGCACUGUGGUUACCAUUUGACCACAUCAAUAGUCGGUCCAGUGAUUUUCAGCCUCCCUUUCGCCAUAGCUUUACUCGGCUGGGUGCCUGGAGUUGCCGUCAUAACCCUAUCCGCACUUGUAACUUUCUAUUCCUACAAUCUCCUCUCCGUGGUUCUUGAGCACCAAGCUCUGCAGGGGAGGCGCCAGCUCCGGUUCCGCGACAUGGCUGCAGACAUCCUAGGGCCAAAAUGGGGCAAGUACUUUGUUGGUCCACUUCAGUUUGCUAUAUGCUAUGGUGCUGUCAUUGCUUGUUCCCUUCUUGGAGGCCAGAGCCUUAAGUUCAUUUACUUGCUGUACACCUCAAAUGGAGGGAUGCAGCUCUACAAAUUCAUAAUCAUUUUUGGCUCUGCAACUCUGGUCUUGGCUCAAAUGCCAUCUUUCCAUUCUCUAAGGCACAUCAACCUUGUCUCUUUAAUGCUCUGCCUCGCCUACAGUGCUUGCGCCACAGCAGGAUCUUUAUACAUUGGUGAGAUUGAUGGUGUCUCAAUAAAGAAUAUUCUCAAUGAAUCAACAUUUAGUUUAGGGCCUGAUCUUUGAUUUCUUGUGACAUUCAUUGGCAGGAAAUUCAAGGAAAGCCCCUCCAAAGGACUACUCGAUGAACGGCUCCCAAGUGAGUCGAUUCUUCGGCUCCAUCAAUGGCGUCUCGAUCAUUGCCACGACAUUUGGGAGCGGGAUCAUCCCUGAAAUACAGGCGACACUAGUUCCUCCUGUGAAGGGGAAAAUGUUCAAGGGAUUGUGCAUCUGCUAUGCCGUCAUCAUCACCACAUACUUCAGCGUUGCAGUGUCUGGUUACUGGGCGUUUGGGAGCAACUCUAAAUCAAUCAUCCUCACCAAUUUCAUGGAUGCUGAUGGAUCUCCUUUGCUCCCGUUUUGGUUCCUUCUUCUCACCAACAUCUUCACUCUCAUGCAGCUGACCGCAAUCACCGUGAUCUACUUGCAGCCCACGAACGAGAUGUUCGAGAGAUGGUUUGCGGACCCGAAGAAGGACCAAUUCGCGGCGCGGAACGUGGCCCCGCGGCUGGUGUUCAGAUCGCUGACGGUGGUGGUGGCGGCGCUGAUCGCAGCGAUGCUGCCGUUCUUUGGGGACAUCAUGGCGUUCUUCGGGGCGUUUGGAUGCAUACCUCUGGACUACAUUCUGCCGAUGGUUUUCUACAACGCGGCGUUCAAGCCUUCGAAGAAGAGCUUCAUCUUUUGGGGGAACACGAUCAUCGCCGUGGUUUCGUCGGCGCUGGCAGCCGUCGGUGGAGUGGCGUCGGUUCGGCAGAUCAUUCUUGAUGCCAGGACAUACAGCUUGUUUGCUGAUGUUACAAUGUAAAGGGCAGGCCCCAUAGAUGGUCUAAAUGUUAUUUGCCAUAUAUAUACGUCUCGAGUUAUAAAUAUAUAAUUAUCGAUAAAUUAUGAUAAUUAUUAUAUAUUUUGGAAUAAACACAUGGUAAAAAUCGAGUUGUACAAAUUUUUUAUGUGGAUGAUAACU